AAUAUGCACCUACCACCCAUACAAGAAUUGGGCGUGUUCGAAGAUGAUCCUUCACUAUAUCGUCAAAGUAAAUAUCAUAGCGUUGAGAAACUUGAUGGUUUUAUAAAUAAAUUUACUAAUAAGUUGCGAUACACCCAUCCCACCAGAUACCCAACCUCUAGCAAAAAAUACAACGGGUACAAAGCCACUCUUAGUGCGUUACCUGAUAUCAGAUUCUAUCA